AUGAUGUUCGUGUUGGUCAUCUGUUUUCUGCUGAGCUCAUUUGAAGCUCAGAGUCGCACUAUUGAGCAAGAUAUUAUUUCAGCGUCGGCCUUAAUGGAAAGGCCGAGCAACUUUGCAGGAGAGGAACUGGACGAGCCCUCCAUCAUGUUCGGAGACAUUGCUGUAGGCACACCAUUAGAUAUCACAGCUCCAUGCACAGGUCAGAGCUGCAAAUGGCCGUUAAGCAGCAAUGGAAAAGUCUUUGUGCCCUACAUCAUCUCUGAUGAAUACUCCACCCAGGAGAAGGAUGUCAUUUUUCAGGGCUUCAGAUCUUUGGAGAAGUCGACCUGUGUUCGCUUCAGACCUCGCACAACACAGAGGGACUACAUCAAUAUAGAGCCUAAUUCAGGGUGUUACUCUUUUGUGGGUCGUCGCACUGGAGGUCAGACUGUGUCUCUGGACCAUGAUGGAUGCAUUAAACUGAACAUAGUGCAGCAUGAGCUGCUUCACACACUGGGCUUUCAUCAUGAACACAAUCGCAGUGACCGCGACAGUCACGUCCAGAUUGUUUAUAAAAACAUCAUUCCUGGUCAGGAGCGCAACUUUGACAAAAUCAAGACUAACAACCUGGAGACUGCGUAUGACUACAGCUCUGUGAUGCACUAUGGAAGGUUUGCUUUCUCUAAGAACAAAGAGGCAACCAUCGUCCCUAUUCCUGACAGUGGCGUGACUAUUGGCCGGGCUAAGAGAAUGAGUUCAAAUGAUAUUCUGCGUAUUAACAGACUCUACUGCAGCAGUAAAUAA